CUCUCUUUCAAGCGCCGGUUUUGCGCAUCUUCAGGUGUACACCUUUCAUUGAUAACAAAUUGUUCUGUUCGCUUCUGUGUCAGCAUAAAGUUAGAAAGCAGGGAUACCGGCGGUUAAUAGCGAUGUCUGCAAUGAGUGGCAGAAGACUUUUAGAUGAUCAGGAUGAGUUGGAAUAUAACAUAACAUUUCCUACUUGUACAGUCAUGGAUGAUUCUGAUGCAAAAGAACCUGUUGUAUAUUUGUUGGGAUGGGCCGGUGCAUCAGAUAAGCAUUUAGCAAAAUAUAGUGCAAUAUAUGAACAAGAAGGCUAUGUAACUUUAAGAUAUAUUGCACCUGAAGAUGUCAUAUUUUUGUUAUCCAAAGAUACGAUAAACACAGCAAAAGAUACGUCAAACAAACUUGUUCAACUUCUAGAUGAUUAUGAUUUAAGAGAAAACCCAGUUUUAAUUCACUGUUUCAGUAAUGGCGGAGCAGUAGUGUAUAAAUGGUUGGCAGAAGCAUUCUUGGAACAAAAUGUCAAUAUUGUUGGGGUAAUUAUAGACAGUGGCCCUGCGAAAUUAACUUUUCUCAACUUACUUAUGGCAAUUUACUUUUCACAAAGGCCAAAGGGCAUGACUCGUAUUCUGCAUUACAUUUACCGAUUUCUUGCCACAAACCUCGCUGAUUAUUUGACAUUCUCAAUGGAUGAAAGAUUGUAUUUCUAUGAGCAACUACUAUCAUCAAAAACAUUCCUUUGGCCGCAUUUAUAUCUUUAUUCAACAAACGACGGGGUAAUGCCAAAGGCAGAAAUUUUAGAAAUGGUAGAAUCAAGAAAAGCUGCUGGUUGCUCAAUUGUUCGAUGCCAUGACUUCGUCACUUCUCCCCAUGUUUCGCAUUUGAAAUUUCAUAAAGAAGACUACAUAAAUCUGUGUUUACAAUUCCUUGAAGAUAGCUUAAAAAUAUUUGACGGGGAAGAUAUUGAUGGAAUAACUGGAACUAACAGACAUCAAACGUCAUCUGUUGAUCCACCCACAAAAUCUCGACCAUACUCUGAAGGUUCACCAUCAACCAGUCAGAGAAAAUCAUCCCUCAGGUUAAGAAGAACUUCUCAAAGUGAUUCAAAAUUAUGAUUCAUUUCAGAAUUUUAUAUAUGUUCAUUUCACUGCUCGCUCCAGCAGCAACAGAGGUAUUUUAAGAGCUGGUCAAAUGAGCUCUGGGUUAUCAACGAUUCGUUGAUAUAUUCACAAAACAAUUUGAACGAACUAUAAACAAGAGCAAUGCUUAAAGGUAGAAUCUAUUUGACUCGAAUGCCAAUGGUUAAAUCAGUGUUUCCAGUUUACAUGGAUUAGAAUAAAACUGAAUAAUCUUUGGGAAAUAUUGAAAAAAUAAUUUUCAUUAAAGUAACUUCUAUCUUUAAAGUACUGAAAAAUUGAUUGGUUCAGUUAAUUUUAAAGAAAGCAUAACACAAUUUAAAAAAACAACAAUCCAUCUAUACACUCUGUGACUAAUAAACUAUCCUUUUCCUGUACCUCUCAAAACGAGGAAUCUGGAAUAUAUACGUUUUGUUUAAAUAAAGGAAUUGCGUCAAUGUCUUUGCCUUUUGGCAUAGAUAUAUUAUAACACAACAUUUAAACCAAUUGGGCAGUAUAUAGUUAAUCCAAAUUUUUUGAUCAAACUGAAAAGUGUUAUUGAUAAUGAAGCUAUGACCACACACAUGCAGUUUUCCUUAUUUUGUUAUCAACAUAUUACAGAAUUUGGUAUAGGUAGGCUGUAGGCUACUGUCCUCAGUAUAUACUCGUGAACAUUACCUACUCAUGUGUUACUGAAAAUAGUGUUUUGUUACUGUGCUUUAGAAAAUAUAGUUUUGUUAUUUAUAUGGUUCUUCCAUUCAUGAUACACAAUGCUUUUCUCGAUUUAUAUAAUCCUAUGGAACAGAAAGCCUAUUUUAACCUAAACGUAUUCAUCUCUAAAUUGGUUCCAGAUGCUGUGGGGGUUGCGAGUCUUGAAUGUUCCUCAAUGCAUGAUUAUUAAUGAUAGUAAAGGCAUAAAUACAUUUUAGUCAGGGAAUUAAAUCACAGUUCAUAAUAUCAGUACAAGUGGUAUCCAGUGGAGGGCCUUUUUGAGGAUCCAUUGCUCAAAUGUAUCUGAAUUCUAAAUAUAUUGUAAGAUAGAAAAUACAAAGUUAUAUUGAAUACCAUGAAAAAAACUUUUACACUUCUGCAUAAAAAAAUGUUGUUGCUUGUGACACAGAAUAUUUUUAUUGUUUGUCAUUGAAAUUUUAUUUUCUAAUCAAGAGUACAUUCAUUUUACAGAGUACAUUGUUUUUGAACUUGAUCUACUUUGUUAUUUGUAUUUGCACCUUCAUAUUUGUUCCAAUUGCACAGCAAGUGUUCCAAUUUGAAUUCAGUAUUUUUAGAAGCAAGCUUUCGACGGCGUUUAUAUAUAUGCUACUUUGGGUCACUUAUGAGGUAACAAUUAACGAUUUGUAGCAGAUUUAAUGUUAAAUCUCAGUUGCAUAAUCCCGCUUUCCUAUUGAUUUGAAUAUUUUCCUCAAAUCCUAUACAUGGUCUAUAAAAUGAUAUCGCUGCAUUACGUCUUGCCAAGGCACCAUACUGUUGAUUUUUGUAUAAUUUUUAUGUUCUUUUGCUAUGUUUGUCAGCAGAAAUUUUAUAUGCUAGAAUUUUAGUCAAAUUAGCAGCUUUAGAAUGCUUAGAACAUAAUGUUAUUUUUGUAUAUUAUAUCGUUAGAAGUA